UAUUUUUAACAACGAAAAACUUGCAUCUCCGAGGUGGAUUUUUAUUUCGUUUAUGUAAAAGUUUUCCUUUUGUAGAUUAAAGGAAACCUCGAAAUUUUUAAAGCACAUUGGUUAUCCUUUCUACUAUCUUUUGACUCAUUUUUUAACAAUAAUAAUCACUGACUCAUAGUUUUAGAAUUAAUGUUUUACAAAUAUCCAGCUACACCCCCCCCCAAUUAAAAUCUAUCUCAGAGCAAAAUGCAUGCAGCCCCAACUAAUGUCUUUGAUAAAAUAGCAUCUAUUCAUUUCUUAGUUAAAAACUCUAAGGGAGCACUGAAGUAAUUUUUUAAAAUUUCUUUUCUUAGCAGUUCAUUUUUUAAUUCCUUUUUUAAAUUGCUAAUUUAAAAAAUUGCCUGCCUCCAAAAUUUCUGCCAGUUCUUUUUAAACAAUUGAUACCCUCAAGCAGGAAACACUAGGAACCGUGGUAAAGCUGCUUCAGCAGUUAAAUAAUCUGAAAUUUAAUUUUUUUAAAACUUAAGAUCACCACCAGUCGAUUUAGGAUUAUCUUUUUCUGGCCUUGGGCCCGUGAACACAUUUAUCCAGUCAAUGGAAGAAUUCAGUUUUGAUGCAGUGGGUAUUCACAGAUAGAAUUAGGCACAAAAAUGUCCUCAUGGAAUUUACACUUUAGUAGAGAAGAGAAAACGUACGUGAGUCACUAGUACAAAACAGAAAAAUAACUCUAGGAGAGCAGUGCAGAUUAAGUGUGGUUAGCCUCCAGGGCAGGUGCUGCUGCCGUUAUUCUGAUGGAGAAUGUGGGAGAUAGCUUGAGAAUGACUUCCUGAAAGAAUGUGCAUUUGGAGAGCAAACCCUGAAAGACGGUUAGGAUCUGCACCUGUGGAGAUCAGGAGACGAACAGUUUUUCUAGUUAUAAGACCCAAUUAUGAGUGAUCAAAUCAAAUUCAUUGUGGACAAUCUCAAUAAAGAACCUUUUAGGAAGAACUAUAAUUUAAUCACAUUUGAUUCCCUGGAGCCAAUGCAACUGUUGCAAGUUCUCAAUGAUGUUCUGGCUGAAAUUGACCCAAAGCAAGUUGUUGAUAUCAGAGAGGAGAUGCCAGAGCAAACAGCCAAAAGGAUGUUGAGCCUUCUUGGUAUCCUUAAAUAUAAACCUCCAGGAAAUGCCACAGACAUGAGUACCUUUCGUCAGGGUCUGGUGAUUGGAAGUAAACCCGUGAUUUAUCCAGUACUCCAUUGGCUUCUUCAGAGGACUAAUGAACUGAAGAAAAGAGCAUAUUUAGCUCGUUUUUUAAUAAAACUUGAGGUACCAAGUGAGUUUCUUCAGGAUGAAACUGUGGCUGAUACCAAUAAACAGUAUGAAGAGCUAAUGGAAGCCUUUAAAACUUUGCAUAAAGAAUGUGAGCAACUUAAGACAUCUGGAUUUUCUACAGCAGAGAUAAGAAGGGAUAUCAGUGCCAUGGAGGAAGAAAAGGAUCAGCUCAUUAAGAGAGUUGAACGUUUGAAGAAAAGGGUGGAGACAGUUCAGAAUCAUCAACGGAUGCUUAAAAUAGCAAGGCAACUUCGAGUUGAAAAAGAGAGAGAAGAAUUUCUUGCACAACAGAAACAGGAACAAAAGAAUCAGCUAUUUCAUGCAGUGCAGAGACUGCAAAGAGUACAAAAUCAGCUGAAAAGUAUGCGCCAUGCAGCAGCAGAUGCAAAGCCUGAAAGUUUAAUGAAGAGGCUAGAGGAGGAGAUAAAAUUUAAUUCUUAUAUGGUUACUGAAAAAUUUCCUAAAGAAUUAGAAAGCAAGAAAAAAGAAUUGCAUUUUCUACAAAAAGUGGUUUCAGAGCCUGCCAUGGGCCAGUCUGAUCUUCUUGAGCUUGAAUCUAAAAUAAAUGAAAUAAACAUACAGAUCAAUCAGCUAAUUGAAAAGAAAAUGAUGAGAAAUGAGCCAAUUGAAGGCAAACUCUCACUAUAUAGGCAACAGGCAUCCAUCAUUUCUCGUAAAAAAGAAGCCAAAGCUGAGGAACUUCAGGAAGCAAAGGAGAAGUUGGCCAACCUAGAGAGAGAGGUGUCAGUGAAGACAAAUCAGACCCGUGAAUUUGAUGGCACUGAAGUUUUGAAGGGAGAUGAAUUCAAACGAUAUGUCAGUAAACUUCGAAGCAAGAGUACAGUUUUCAAAAAGAAGCAUCAAAUAAUAGCUGAAUUUAAAGCUGAAUUCGGUCUCUUGCAGAGGACAGAAGAACUUCUUAAACAACGUCAUGAGAAUAUUCAACAUCAGCUGCGAACUAUUGAAGAGAAAAAGGGUAUAUCUGGGUAUAGUUACACCCAGGAAGAGCUAGAACGGGUAUCUGCACUGAAGACUGAGGUUGAUGAGAUGAAAGGCCGAACGCUCGACGACAUGUCUGAAAUGGUAAAAAAACUGAAUUCACUGGUAUCUGAAAAGAAGUCAGCUCUAGCCCCAGUUAUAAAAGAACUACGACAGUUGCGUCAGAAAUGUCAAGAACUUACCCAGGAGUGUGAUGAAAAGAAAUCCCAGUAUGAUAGCUGUGCAGCAGGCCUCGAAAGCAAUCGAUCCAAAUUAGAACAGGAAGUCAGGGGACUCCGUGAAGAAUGUCUUCAAGAAGAAAGUAGAUACCAUUACACAAAUUGUAUGAUUAAGAACCUAGAAAUACAGCUUCGUCGAGCUACCGAUGAGAUGAAGGCCUAUGUCUCUUCUGAUCAGCAAGAAAAAAGAAAGGCAAUUAGGGAGCAGUAUACAAAAAAUAUUGCUGAACAGGAAAACCUUGGAAAGAAACUUCGAGAAAAACAAAAAGCUGUACGAGAAAGUCAUGGUCCGAAUAUGAAACAAGCGAAAAUGUGGCGUGAUUUUGAGCAGUUGAUGGAAUGUAAGAAACAGUGCUUUCUGAAACAACAAAGCCAAACUCCCAUGGGUCAGAGGAAUCUUUUAGGAACUAAUAUCUCUUGUUUUGAAGAAACAUUUAUCUGAAGUUCAGCAAUUCCUACAGUUUCAAUUCAGUUUCUCUUUCUUCUGUAAAAUUCAAGAAAAUUUGCUAUUUUGAAUAACAUAUUUGUUCUGUCUGAAUUAUUUAAAGGCAAAUAAAACUUGAUGUACGUA